AGCUCCAGUCAGCCGACUUCCACAAGGCCCCACCCGUCAGCCAGCGCGGCACUGCAGCUGGGUGAGCCUCAUCAGACAUGAACCAGGUGAUCGUGUUCUUGGUCAUGGCCAUGGGAACCCACAGCCUCAAUUUUCGCAUCCGGAAGGACUGCGCCCACUGGCCCAGCUGCUGCACCGGCAAAAGGCAGGACCCCGCUCACGAGUGGCUGAAGGGGAACACUGUGCUCAAGUUCUCCCGAGAAGCCACAGGCUUCACCCACCACCCAGAAUCCUGCAGGGCCAGUGAAGAUGGACCCCUCAACAGCAGGUCUAUCUCUCCCUGGAGAUAUGAGUUGGACCGGGACUUGAACCGGCUCCCCCAGGACCUGUACCACGCCCGCUGCCUGUGUCCACACUGUGUCAGCCUCCAGACGGGCUCCCACAUGGACCCCCUGGGCAACUCAGAGUUGCUCUACCACAACCAGACCGUCUUCUACCGGAGGCCGUGUCCCGGCGAGCAAGGCACCCGGGAUGGCUACUGCCUGGAGCAGCGGCUCUAUGAGGUCUCCUUGGCUUGUGUGUGUGUGCGGCCCCGAGUGACGUCCUAGUCGUGCUGCCCCUGCCCCGUUCCCGGUCGGACCACCCACCACGGCGAGCCAGGAUGCCUGAGUGCUCAGCGCCUCCAAAGAACUACCUGGAGCAGCAAGACUGUGGGACAGGAUCGGGGACUUUCGGGGGAACCGCACGUUUCACUUUUUAGAGUGGAUGGGAAAGGCGGGGCGAAGCAGCAGAGAAGCUUAUGGCCACGGGAAGAGGACCUCCUGGCACUUCCUCUUGGGAAAAGGCUUUAAUAAGGCUUCAGAGACCACCCGUCUCUUCCUCUUCUCCCAUCCCCAGCUGCCCUGGCACGGCACAAGCACUUUCUUGCUCCUUUCCCCUUGGCCAAUGGAGAGCCCGUCAUUUCAUGUGUUCAUCCGUCUGUCCAUCUGUCCGUCCAUCCAUCCACCUGUCCAUCACUCAGUGACAUCUACUUUGCACAUACCUUGGUGCAGUUACUAGGCUCUGAGGAAGAGGCUGUUAUUGAGCAUGGAGAGACUUACCCAAAUAAAUAAUCUGUAUUCAAAAUGG